UGAGGCGGGGCGGGACCCGGCGCGGCCGCACAGGCCGGGCUGUCUCAUGGCGCUGAGCCGGGCGCUCGGGCUCCGUCUGGCCUACGCGGCAGCGGGCGCCCUCAUGGGCCUCUCGGCCUUCCUCGCCUGGAGCCUGGCGCCGGCCUUCCGCCAGCCCGCCACGGCCGCCGCGGGGGGGCUCUCCGGUGUUCUGGCGCUCUGGGCCCUAAUCACGCAUGUGAUGUAUGGGCAGGAUUACUGGAGGACCUGGUUAAAAGGGCUGAGGUUCUUCCUCUUCAUCGGGAUCCUCUUCUCUGCUCUCUCCGUGGUGGGAUUUUGCACAUUCCUUGUUCUGGCCAUCACCAAGCACCAGUCCCUGACUGACCCCAGCAGCUACUACCUGUCGUGCGUCUGGAGUUUUAUCUCCCUGAAAUGGGCCUUCCUGCUCAGCUUAUACUCACACCGGUACAGGAAUGAGUUUGCAGACAUCAGCAUCCUCAGUGACUUCUGAAGCUUGGACUCAAUUCUGUCGGAAGCUGCUAAUGUUUGACUGGGCUUUGGAUGCCCUGCACUGGAAGGAGACUGCGAAGAGGCAGAGAGUAGGAGCAGCCCAGCUCCGCAGGACUUGUCUGUCGGCAGUAGGGGUUUCCCCUAAGUGCUUUUAUUCAACCUCUUAAUUUGGCUAAUUAUGUCAAUCUAGUGUUUUUGUUACCCUCUGGGGCGUCCAUGUGUCUGGCAAUGAGUCAAGAAGUUCCAUGCACUCGCAUGCAGCAGGCCUCAAUUUGCUAUCUGCAUUGCUCUGCUGUUGUCGUAGACCAGUGACUUUCAAAUUAGCCUGUGGAUGCAGCACCUGGUUAAGAAUUGGGCAUCUUUCUCUUAGCCAAUGACUCACCAGCCUGCUCGUGGGGGUGCCCGGGGUUGCUUAGCAGAGGACCAUGCCCUGUGAAGGGAGGUCUUUAUUCUCACAGGGUAAUUUGAGCAGGGGGGGUGCAUGUUGUCUCCCAGCACUGGGGAGGACAAACCCAUCGAUAGCUCCACACCAGCCCCCCAAACCUUCAGCAUUUCAUUGUGCUGCUUCCUGUAAACAGUUGGGCCAAGAAUAAGGCAUGGUGCUGGCUCCACCCUGCUGUGUAGAGCACAUGCACCCCCUUGUGCAGGCCAGAAACAAGAAGUCAGCAAUGCAGUGUCAGUUGUCUCAAACAGAGGUCACUUAUGUGGGGCGGGGGGAGAUCCAGUGCUGGAGAGAAUCAACGCUAGCUGAGCGUUGCACCCUGUUACAUUGUGCUGCCUGUUAACCCAGGACCAUUCUCAAAGGAAACUAUUUUAUUACAGCACUUAAGAGUGAGAGAUGUAGCAAGUGGCAUCUGACGUGUGGGUAGUGGGUGCCCUGGGCAAGGGGCUGGGCUGUUUGCGUCUCAGAAGGGUCGUGAACGUGUGUGAUUCAUUGGUUUAAAGCCGUCUGUACAUUUGGAGGGCAUUGUGUGUGCUUCUGUUCCUGUAGUGAUUCUUGUUCUGUUCCACUGCAAACCUACUGCUGACCGACCACUAUGGACCAUUAGUGCUGAGCGGCUCCAAGUAGCACAGGGGGAGAAAGCAAGAGCUCAGCACAUCUGUGCGUCCUGCAAAGGCCAGACCCGCCGUAGAUUGCGGGCUGCCGCUCGGUGGAGGCGGCUUCUUCCUGCUUGGAGCCUGGUGUAGGGCACAUACGUCACCAGCAGUUUGCCUGGGUUGCUAAAGUUCUACAAACGUAUGCUCUUGAGCAUAAGAGGGGCUCCCACUCACCUACGGCCGGAUGAAAUUGCUGAUGGCAAGUGGGUUGCAGGAGCACAGCAGAGGAGGCCAGGUGACGAAGCUACCCUGGCUUUUCUCCAUGUUUGAAAAAUACAUCGGAAUGUACCCAGUAGGCAGCCUGAGCAGAUCUCCACGGCAAGUGUCACCAGCAUAAUACACUGAUUCGGUGUCCCAUGGUAGGUCUGAACUUCACGGGACCUGCUAUGGGAGAAGUCACACUGAGAGCUCCUCCCCCUCUGCUCCGGGGAGGCCCUAGCACUGAGAUUUUGCUGUGUCCGCUCUUCUCUCGUACACUGAUCACUUGGACACUCUGAGUAGGUUUAAUGAUCUUUCACCCUUGUGUUUGGUCCUUGUUAAUAUUCACCCUGGGAAACUUCAAACUGCAGGCUGCUGCUUUCUUUCCUGCGGUUGCUCAUGCCCACACUUUCCGUUCAGGGCGGCUCUCGGGAGGAUUUGCUGGAGGUGUCUCAUCAGCAAGGGGCAGUUGGCAUUUCCUUUUUAAUAAAUUCAAAUAGCAGUUGUGUGUGAUUUUCUUUUGUGCAGGUGGGUGGGGGCAGAGGCACUAGGAACUCCAGAUUGAGAGGGGUCAGGCAAUGGGGCUGGUGGAACUGGACUGCUCCAGUACAUGUGCAUGGUCACAGGUCCAGUUGUAAAGUCACUUCUGUAUAUAUACUACUGAAAGUCUCCUGAAACAUAGGGUCAAAGAGAUCUCCUAGGCAGUCCAUAGAAUGUGAAGCACAGAGGAAACUGCAUAGGGUGCAGUGACUAGGCGGUGAAGUAGGUGUGCUGGGGCCUUACCUGUUUGUGUUGUGAGGCCUCUGUGUCUUAAAGCAGAGUGGGUUCUUUGUGCUGACGUCUGUGCAGUUGUCCAUUGGGGAGUAGCUUGCGGUGUCCAAUGUAGUGUGUGUCUCUAGCUGCAUUCUCUCACCUCUACAUGCCUAACUCAGCAGAAAUUUCCAGAAAGUUUUUGUGCCUCCCCAACCACACCCCAUGCUGUCCUGUGCUUGGUUUGGAAGAUCAGUAGUUUGAGCACAUGGCUGGGUUUGUUAAUGAUUUUUUGUUAAAGGGAUUUUCAGUCUUUGAGAUUCAUUAAAUAUAAACAUCCUUCUGUUUGUGGGGCAGAGACCCUGACGACUGAGAGCCGCCCCAGAGCAGCUUCCAGGGAAAAGCAAGGAGUGAAGGCUCAGACUGCAGCCAACACCUCCCAGGGCAGCAAAUGCUGGUGAGACAGGGCCACUAGAAAUCCUCCGAGACAGGCAGGAAUCUCUGUGCUGAGCAGAGACUGCAGCUCUGAAAUACCCAUUAUAGAGAUGAAUAGGCUCAGAAUUACUGAAACGCCCCCUAGAGGUGAUGUUGGCAGAAGGCAGUGUGAGACUCCUAACUGGGUGAAAUGGAUGUCCCUGCCCUCAUGAGCAAAUCUGUGACAAGGCAGGAAGGAGGCUGCCUGAGGAUUAGACAUCAUAAUUUCAGUGUUUUAAGCUGUGGUAGCUUUCAUCCCCCACCUAACAGCUCACACUGUCCCGCUCCUGGGAGGGGAUCCUGAACAAUAAGCGCUGCUGACCUCAAACUCAGAGGUUCAUCUUGGCCCUAAUGUUAUUCUAAAAGUGGAACUAUGUCUCCAUUCGCUUACUGAAUUACCUGGUGUAGACGGACUCCUCUCUCAGGUUUAUACCCAAAAGGUCCACAGCAGCUCACCCUGGAGAUUGUGGGGGGCUUUUUUUGAGUGACAGUAACUUUGCUUACAAACAACCCACUUAAUCAACCCCCGUCUUCUCUCCACCGCGUUUGCUCUAGAAUUUGUACUCGUGUCACAGCUUUUUAAAAGAUCGUGUAUGUAAAUAUCUAAUAUAUUUUUACAUUGUAUUCAUGCUUUGUUUGCACGCUCAGUAAGGAUUGGGUCAUGUAGCAGGAGUGUAAUUCAUGGGGCGGGGUUCACUUCCCUGUAUCCCAGUGUGUGUCUGAUGUUGUAUUAACCACACUGUGUAAUUUGUAUGUGACACCAUCGUAAGAGCAGAAAUACAGUAUUCUCUUUCUCACCAAA